CUGUCGUCCACCUCUUGCCUCUCAUCCUCUGGGUUUCUGUUCCAGAGUCGCCUUCCGUAUCGACUCCUUCCCCAGUGCCCAUCAUGAAGACGACGUGGAAAGAUAUCGCUCCUGUGCCGACGCACCAGGAAUUCCUGGAUAUCGUCCUCAGUCGCACGCAGCGCCAGCUCCCGACCCAGAUCCGUGCCGGGUUCAACAUCAGUCGUAUUCGCGGCUUUUACACCAGAAAGGUCAAGUACACCCAGGAGACCUUCGGCGAGAAGUUCCAGGCCAUUCUCGAGGGAUUCCCCCGCCUGCAGGAUAUCCAUCCUUUCCACAAGGAUUUGAUGAACACCCUGUACGAUGCCGACCAUUUCAGAAUCGCCUUGGGUCAGGUCUCCACCGCCAAGCACCUGAUCGAAACGGUCUCCCGUGAUUACGUCCGCCUCAUCAAGUAUGCGCAGUCUCUGUUCCAGUGCAAGCAGCUGAAGCGCGCUGCCCUCGGUCGCAUGGCCACCAUCUGCAAGCGCCUCAAAGAUCCGCUUGUCUACCUCGAGCAGGUCCGCCAGCACUUGGGUCGUCUGCCCUCGAUCGACCCCAACACCCGUACCCUCCUGAUCUGCGGCUACCCCAACGUCGGAAAGUCCAGUUUCCUCCGCAACAUCACCCGCGCGGAUGUUGACGUCCAGCCCUAUGCCUUCACCACUAAGAGUCUGUUUGUCGGUCACUUCGACUACAAGUACCUCCGUUUCCAGGCCAUCGAUACCCCCGGUAUUCUGGACCACCCUCUUGAGGAGAUGAACACCAUCGAAAUGCAGUCCAUCACCGCCAUUGCCCAUCUGCGGUCCGCGGUCAUGUACUUCAUGGACCUGUCCGAGCAGUGCGGCUACUCCGUUGGCGACCAGAUCAAGCUCUUCCAGAGCAUCAAGCCCCUCUUCGCCAACAAGAUCGUCUUCAUUGUGGUCAACAAGAUCGAUGUCCGACGCCCCGAGGACUUGGAGCCCGAGUACCAGCAGGAGCUGCAGAACCUCCUGAAGUCGGGUGAUGUCGAGAUGCUGCAGGUGUCUUGCACCACCACCGAGGGUGUGAGCGCGGUCAAGAACGCCGCCUGCGACAAGCUCCUGGCCGAGAGAGUGGCCCAGAAGCUCAAGUCCGGCACCAACAACGCCGGCACCCCUGGUGGCCGCCUGGGCGACGUCCUCGCCCGUAUCCACGUUGCCAAGCCCAUGGGUGGUGUGCAGCGUGAGACCUUUAUCCCCGACGCUGUCAAGGGUCUCAAGAAGUACGACAAGAGCGACCCCAACCGCCGCAUGCUGGAGCGGGAUCUCGAGGAGGAGAACGGUGGUGCGGGUGUCUACAACAUUGACCUCAAGAAGACCUACGAUCUGGCGGACGACGAGUGGAAGCACGACAAGAUCCCUGAGGUGUGGAACGGAAAGAACAUCUACGACUUCGUGGAUCCUGAGAUCGAGGCCAAGCUGGCUGCGCUCGAGGAGGAGGAGGAGAAGCUGGAGGCCGACGGCUACUACGACUCCGACGAGAGCGUGGAGGAUGUCGAGGACGCCGACAACCGCAUGAAGGCGGAACUCAUUCGGGAGAAGCGGACCUUGAUGCGCAACGACGCCAAGAUGCGCAAGUCGCUCAAGAACCGGGCCCCCAUUCCCCGCAGCGCCAAGUCCAAGAAGCUGUCCCAAAUGGAGGAGUCCCUGGAAGCCGCUGGUUACGAUGUGGAUGCUGCUGGAUCCCGCGCCCGGUCCCAGAGCCAGGCCCGUGGCCGCACGAGCACGCGCGACGUGGACAUGGACGAUAUGGACGUCGACAUGUCGGAUCCCCGCCAGGCGAUUGCCCGGGCCAAGGGACGUGCCCGCAGCCAGGCGGCGACCAACCGUCUGGAGGACGGUGUUACCGACGAGACCUCUCGCAGCAAGGCCGAGCGCUUGAAGAAGCUGGGCCAGAAGAAGAUGAACCGGAUGGCCAGAGCGGGAGAGGCGGAUCGUCACACGACCGCGUCUCUGCCCAGGCACUUGUUCGCCGGAAAGCGCACCAUCGGCAAGACCCAGCGUCGCUAAAGGAAAUAUGGUGUGGAUUUGGACGGUCGAUGACGAGACGAAGUCCCUUCUUCUUCUUAAUACAGUACUCGUUACAUAGUGGUCAUGAACAGGGUGUUCCAAAAAAGGGCGUUGGGGGUGUUUUCUUUUGUUUGCGAUCGUCUUUCCUCUUCCUUUUCGUUUGGUUCAUAAGUGGAAUGAUGAAUAUACUUCGCUAUCCUGAAUACCUGGGGUUUUGCUGCCCGCGAAUUGAUUGAUUUGUUGACGAGAUUGAGAUGUGAGUUUCCUUACUUAGAGGGGGAGAGCAGCGCGCAGUCACAAUGCAUGAUUUUUUUAGACGUGUUUGUUGGACUUGGUAAAUCAAAGCAAG